ACACUGCACAUAUAAAGGCCCGCGCAUACGUUACUCAUACUCAAGCUACCUCACAGUCUUGCCCAGCAAACGCAAGCCACACCCAAGGGGAAAUUGCAAAUGAGCCGCAGCGGCGGCAACUUGGAAGAGGAGAGGCUGCUUCAGAUGGUCCAUGACUUCAUUGAAUCAGAACCCACUUCGCCCCCCUUCUCUUCUUUCUCACAUCAUACGCAUGUCCUUCCUCUCCAUCCCAAAACCAUGUUUUUCCACUUGCAGGAAGUUCUCGGCAAUAUGUCUGACGCUGAGACUCAGGUUCUUGAGAAUGUGUUGAAGCACAUGAGAAGGAAGAGGGUUGCCGCAGAGAAGAAGUGGCUGGUUAUGAGACUGAAAAUGGAUGGAUAUAACGCUUCUCUCUGUCAUACCUCUUGGGUUUCUACGUGCGGAUGUCCUGGUGGGUAUUAUGAGUACAUAGAUGUUAUAGUGAAAGACAAGAAUGGUAAGUCAGUGAGACUGGUGGUGGACAUAGAUUUCAAGUCGCAGUUUGAAGUGGCAAGGCCUACAUCAGCAUACAAACAGCUUUCGGACGCUCUCCCUUCCAUUUUUGUUGGCGAGGAGGGUAAGCUUAACGACAUAAUCACUCUGCUUUGCUCUGCUGCCAAACAAUCCCUCAAAGAGAGCGGUCUGUACAUACCCCCAUGGAGAACAAGCACUUACAUGUACUCCAAAUGGGGCUCAAGAACUCGCAGCCAAGAAACUGUUGGCAGAGAAGAUGGGAAAGUAGCGAAGGCAGCUGGUUCCUGUGUUGGUAAUUCCAAUUCCAAAUUUAACAGUUGGGCGCCUCCGGUAGUGAAGCCCAAGAGGAGGGAUUUGGGUGGUGGGGGCUCUGGCUUGUCUAGUCAAUUCUCCUCCAACACUAGCAUAAACUGUUGCUGAAUUUUGCCGCUGCUGGAUUCUGGUGUGGUCCGGUAGAGCUAGGUAUCUCUUUUUUUGUCUUUUUGUUGAAAGUUUUGGCUGUCAGAAUUCUUUUUCGACAACAGUGCGGUUACACAGUUCUAACAUACAACAUGUGAAGAAUUUCAACAAACAGAAAGAAGAGAAGAACUGAAUUAUCUUUCUCUGUAUUGAAUAAGUAGCAGAUCCAAUUGAGAGAAUACAACCUAGACAACAGAAAGAUUGGUACCAACUUCAGAGAGAAAAUCAUUUAUAAUACAAAAGAGAAUUAUCACUUGUAUAAUACAUCUCAAGAGCAUAACUAACUAUAUUUUAACUGAAUCAGUUAUCAUUUAAAA